AUGUUUGGUCUCACCAUCAGCAAACCAAUCAACCGUGUUGAACUUUUUUGGCUCACCAUGAUGGGGGAGAAGGAAGAGGAACCAAAGGCUGCAAGAGGAGCAGUGGAAGGAGAAGAAGAAGUUGAAGAAAGGAGCAGCAGCGUGUUGGCGACAGAUUGCUUUGUAUCGAUACCUCAAGUCGCGUCUUCAACUCAAGGCAAUUGGUCGCCCAAUCUCGACGACCGGUCACCACGUGGACAGUGUCGUACACUAGUUUUGGUGUGUUUGACUUGGUUAUCCUAUUAUUUUGGGGUUUUCUAG